AUGGGACUAUUCAGAUCCGAUCCAGUGAUCCCAGACCCUCCAAACAGAUCUAAACGUGAAAAGUGUUGGGAGUCUAGAGACCUCUUUUUCAGCUGCCUAGACAGGAUAGACGUGGUGAACCCGUUGGAUAAGAAGCACGAUAAGAUUAUUGCUAAGGAGUGUUCGAAGGAGAACAAGCAAUAUGAGACUGAUUGCGUUGCCUCAUGGGUCAAAUAUUUCAACCAGAAGAGGCCCUUCGACAUAAAGAAGGAGAGAAUGUUGAAAGAGGCUGAAGAGCAAAACGCAGAAGUGAUCCAAAUGCCCGGCUACCGUCCAGGUGCUAUUGGUAAGUGA